UCGUCUUCGUCCCUCCUUUUUCCCUCCUCCUCUCCCAAAUUCAUAUACGCACGCAGUACAGUACGCCAAGUUAAUCGACAACAAAAUCAAGUCAUCCAUCUCACAAACCAAACAGAGCUACCGUUUUUAUUCUUCACCGGCCACGAAUUCACUAACGCGUUCAAUUGUUCAACUCCGAAUUCAUCCAAUCACAAAUCGAUAUACGAAGUGGGUGAUUGAAGGUUGAAUUGAAUUUGAAUGCAAACUUCACAGAUUAUAUCAAUCUCAAUUCCAUCUCAAUCCAUCCCUCAUUCGUUGGACAUAACCAAGGGUCCAGGCAACAAUCACACUUAACUUGCACAACUUUAAUAUUCACCUCAUCCGUUUCCACCCUUUGCGCUUCUCUCUUCCAUCUUCUUAUAGCACUGCUUGCUAUUCAUCAAGAAAACUUCCUCAUCAACCAGAGCUGUGCUACCACCAAAGGAACAAACAUCGAAGCAUUAAAUAAAAGUAGGACAUCGACAAGAACCAUAUUGUCGUCUUUCUACCCCAUUUUGCCUCGUUGAAUAGAGUUCACACCGAGAAAGGCUGACAGCCUCGGAAGCUGAUAUUUGUACAGCCAACUAUUUGUAUGCUCCGAUUCAUUCCUCUCCCUUCCCCAUACUUUAUUUACCUACCACACACACAUCCAUUCAACCUUCUCAAAUCAGUCAAGCAUCAGGCGAUUAUUGGUGGGGAAGUCGAAACAUGAACAUAUGGAUUGAUUAAUCUCAUCCACACAUUUUUACACCGAAGCUACUUUUGGCCUAUUUCCUAUCUGGUUUUAUAUACCACAUUUAUAGUCCGAAACGCGUUCAUACAUCCUCAUUUGUGACUCACAUUUCUUGCAUGGAACAAAAGAUCCUCAGGGCUAAUCAAUCUCAUCCUAGUCCUCGAAGAUAUCGCAGAGCUAAAAGACCUGGCCACUCAGGAUGUCGUUCACACAUCCCCGAAGAACUACAAAGACUACUGUGACUCCUCUCGCGAAUGCGUCAGGCCGUCCAACAGUUAAUACAACUAUGGCUUCCCUUCGCAAAGGUGCCACCUUCCACUCACCUUCUUCUCCUACGAACGAAGCUGAGGGUGCUUUUAACCUCUCAUCCCUUCAACGUUCAUUAUCCAACCUUGAAAGCUUCGCCGUCGAAUCACACAUACGUCGUGCUGCCGAUGCUAUAGAAUCAUUUGAACUUACUGCUGCCGGCAAUCAGUCCUCUUCUACAUCAAGCCGACGCUUCCGUGACGAGUCUGAACCUGUUCCUCGAGGUGUCGUUAACGUCGAGAACCCCUCCAACAAACCAUACAAUACACCACUGAUGGAAGGAAUCAUGCCAUCAGAGGACUCUGCCGUUAGACGUUCGACACGUUCUCGCCGUACUACGCCUAGAUAUGCAGACAGUGGUCUCGGGUCAUCAAUCGGGUCAUCAUCAUCGGACAAAAAGGUAUUCACCGACGACAAUGCCUCUAAGUCUACCAAGCCAUCAACUGUAACUAGAUCAGCCGCUGUCGGGUCUACAAUCAUCAAGAGUUUUCCUAGACUUAGUGCUCGUACGACCGCUCGCAUUCAACAGCAUAUCUUGAAGCCACUCCUGGCAAAGAAGUCUUUCAGACACUUGCAUCCUCUCGUCGAGGAUUGUCCAAGACGAAUUCAUCAGAAGGAAAUCGUAUCUCUGCGUGAUCUGGAGAAGACCUUAAUUUUUACCGCACCUGUAAGUGAAAUCCAUAAUGAUGUUGCUUGGGGAGUUGCUCACUGGUUCUCGCAAUUGAAGAAGUACACAAAGAGCGCCUCCUUGUAUCUCGACUUUUGCCUUGAAUCGAUCCGUUGUAUCCAAGCGACUGUCGAACUUGUUAACGAGCGCGAACAAACACGACCAAACGAUCGUCCAUACACUAACGGAUACUUUGUUGAUCUGGUCGAACAGAUCAAACAAUACGCCGAACAGGUCCGGGAAGCUAAGGAGAAGGAGGAGAAAGGAGAGACUUUGGACGAGAUGGACGCUCACCCGUAUGUCGCUCUUCACUCCUCAGACCCGAAGUCUAAAGGGUUACUAAACAUUUUACCAUACAGGUCAGAUGAAGUCAAGCUUCACGGUGGGCUGACCAGAAAUGGUCGACCCGCUGAACUCGUCCGCAUCAACAAGAAAACGGGUAAAGCCGUUUCCAUCGCCACCGGUAAACCCGUCGACAUGGACGAUGAUGACAAUAAGUCUAUGAGAUUUAAACGAUCCUUGAGUGAAGAAGCUGAAGAUGAAGAGUCAGUGAUGAGAUCGAUGGCUCGCCGUAAGAAGGAUGCCUCUGCUGCUGAGCUUGCUCCUAAAUUCUGCCGUGAGAAGGGAUGUGACAAAUCAUUCAAGCGUCCAUGUGAUUUGACCAAACAUGAGAAAACUCAUUCUCGUCCUUGGAAAUGCCCCGUUACUUCAUGCAAGUACCACGAAUAUGGUUGGCCAACAGAGAAGGAAAUGGACCGCCAUCAAAAUGACAAACACUCGGCUGCUCCUCCACUAUUUGAGUGCCACUUCAAGCCUUGCCCAUAUCGCUCAAAACGUGAGUCGAAUUGCAAGCAGCACAUGGAGAAGGCACAUGGAUGGGAGUACGUCCGAUCCAAGAAUAACGGAAAGAACAGACCUGCUGCACCACCUGCUGUUCCAAAUGGCCUACCAACUCCUCAAGCUACUAUUAUACACACUCCGGGCAGCGACUCAAAUAUCGAAUCUCCUCUUAUUGCUGAUGAUGAGAUGAUCUAUGAGAACCCUUCGUUGUACACCACAAACCACAGCAUAGACUUCUUUCCCGCAUUCCCUGCCGAGAUGAACAUGUUCCAACCUCCACAAUCAUUGAACAUUGAAUACUCUCCUGUGACGGAUAACUCCUUUUCUACUGAUGGCCAUUCGCCAUUUGAUGCAAAUUCUCCUUUCAACUCCACAUCUGUUCUCGGUGCCCAGGAUCAGUUCCAAGAGAACAUACAAGCCUAUCAACCCAACGAUGAAUGGGCAGCUUAUGAGCAGACUGAUCUCUAUAGCGCUCAAGCCCAGCUCCAAAUUCCAUCCAACCACCAAAUUUAUCAAGAGAUCAUGGGCCAAAAUACUAUGGCUUUUGAAACAUCUGGUGACACAUACCAAACAGAGCAUCAGCAAAAUCAACACCUCCACCAAUCACAACCUAUGACACAUAUCUCGCCUAUCGGUGAAGGUAACACAAUGCUGUACACCCCAAAAUCUAUGCAAGAUUUUGAUGAAGGCUUUGAGGACUUCAUUCCAAGCAACACUCGCAUGACCGCCAAUGGUGUCCAGGAUUUUCAACUCUUUUCUGCACCUCAGCAAAGACACAACAGCAAUCCUGCUCCACUCUUUGGUGAGAUCACUUCUCAAGCACCUCUUGGAUUUCCUGGCAUCCAUCCUCAAGAUCUGAUUGCUUUCUAUGCUCAAACGGCAGUCAAUUCCGCUGCUGGUACUAGCAAUCACCAACUUCAAAAUCACUAUCAACCUCAUCCCCAUCGUCAACAACAGCAACAAUUGCAUCAAAACAUGAACAUGACAAUGGAUUGGUCUUCUGAUGAGUACGGUUAUGGCAGUCAAUAAAUGGCACGUAUGGGCAGUGGAUAAAAUUCUCUACUCGUCUCAAAUCGUUCGACCCGAACACAUCUUGUAUUAACAUAUUUGCAUUUUUUCGUGUUUAUUUUGGCGCGCUUUAUUGGCCAAAUUUUUUUCUCUUUUUUUUUCUUUCAAACUAAGUCUUACGAAAGUUUGGAAGCUUGGUGUGUUUUCUCUUCUCAAUUUUCUUUCUCGAUGAAUUAUGAGUAGUGGUUAAUUUACCAGGAUUCCACGUGGAAUGACCUGGGUUGGAUUGGAUGGUGGGUGUGGAACAUGAUUAAAUUUUCUUUGAUCUCGACGGGUGGACCAUUGACCGGGACUGACCGGGGAUAUUUUUAUUAUGAUUUCUUUUUCUUUUUGGGAGAGAUGACAGAUGCGUAUGCAUGCAGAUAGAUCUCGGGGGUAUUACUUUUUGAUGGAUGAUGUGGAUGGCUUUUGAUUUUAUUUCUUCAAUUGAUUUGGCUGGGAGUUAGAUCGUAAAUCGAAUUGGGAUUUCUAUUGGGGGUUUUAUUGGAUGGAUUGGCCGGUAUUGAAUGGAAAGAUUAAAGCUUGAUGGAUUGAACUGAAUGAAGUGGUGGAUCAAUGGUGGACAGGGCAACAGAAUUUGCAGAGAGGCAUAAGAUACAAGACAGAAAUACUUUGAGAAAAAUGAGAAUAUUA